UUUCUCCUGGAGCAGCCUCUGGACAGUCACUAAUCUGAAGGCAAAGGCAGAGGCGACACGUUUAUUUAUUCGCACGCCUCAACCGCGCUUUUGUCUGGUCGACCCUCAAACACUUACAAUAUGCUGCAUUGUUUUUAUGGACUUGUUUGUCUUUCGGCACUUUUAGCGUUCGCGACGUUCGCAGGAGCUCAGACUGACUGCCCUGUUCAGCUCAACCCAGAGAGAGUUGUUGUGAGACACGGCGGUUCAGUUACAGCUGACUGUAGCACUUCAGUCCAGCAUCAAGGGAUUGGAUGGGAAGCCAGUCAGGGAGCAGUGUCCAUGAUCACAGACAAGAGUCUGAUCACAUGGAGAGUGUCAGAACUGACAGAAUGGGACAUUGAGCCAUUUUGCUUCAUAAACUAUAAAAAAGGAGAUAAGCUGCAUCAGUGUUUAGUAAAGCUCCCAGUCACUGUUUACAAGACUCCAGACAGUGUGUCCAUCAGCACUGUGAAUCACAGCGGACCAAUGAUGGAGGGAAAGGAGUAUAAGCUCCAGUGUGACGUUCUCGGUGUGGCUCCUGUUCAGUAUCUCACUGUCAAAUGGUACAAAGGACAGACUCUGCUGAAUCAAACCACCUUUAAUGACAACAUCAAGACUCCAGUGAAUAAAACUGCUACACUCCUGAUCCGUCCAGACCGAGCUGAUGAUGGAGCUCAAUAUAAGUGUGUAGCAGAGCUGGUUCUGGGAGCAGAAGGACCUUCUCCUACAGAAUCUGCUUUCAAUGCUGAAGUUUACUAUAAACCAAAAUACUCCAUUUCAACAGAGACCAUCUUUAAAGGUGAUGAUGUCCUACUAAAUUGUACAGUGAAGGCAAACCCGGCUCCUACGUACAUAUGGGAUCAUCUGAAAGAGACGAGCAGCUCCUCAGUUCUUCAGUCCUCAGAACUCAGUCCAGGAAACUAUACAUGCACCGCCACAAACACUCGGGGAGGAGACAGCAAAGUGUUCAUCAUCAAAUCUAACGACCAAACCACAUUCUGGGCUAUUAUUUUAUCCGGCGUGGCAGUGAUAGUGGUGUUAAUCAUCUCUUAUUUGAUAUUCAAGUUUAAUUCUUCUCCAAAUUCUAUCAUUUGAUUGACGAGAGAUGACCUCAAAGUGGGAUAUUCUCCUCAGGGAGAUAAAAAACAAAAACUUGAUCACGAUGGUUUUUUGUAAUAUAUAUAUAUAAAGGGAUAGUUCACAGUAGCCAUCCAAAACGUAGAUGAAAUUGUUUCUUUAUCAGAACAGAUUUGGAAAGAUUCAUCUUUACAUCGUUUGUUCACCAAUGGAUCCCCUGCAGUGAAUGGGUGCUGUCAAAAGGAGGAUGAAAACAUCACAAUAAUCCUGUCCAUCUAUUAAUUUUUUUAAAUUCAUGUAUUAAGUGUUUUUGCAUCCGUGAGGCUCUAAAUGCUAAACUCUAAACCAUCGCUUCAGGCCAAAGUGUAUAUUAAUAAAACAACACUUCCUCCAGUGAAAACGUCCAUCUGUUGUCCUCUUACGUCACAAUGCACCGACAUAUUUGUUUAGAACCAUAUUGUACUGUUUUCACUAACAAAGCAGAAUUGUAUUAUCGGGUGAACUAUUCCUUUAAUGAACUGACUUGAUUUUGCGUCCCGUUACUGUACAUCACUAUUUUUAAUUUAAAAUAGUUUUCAUUUUGAAAAGCUAUUCAUUUAAGAUCAUUAUAAAUAGUGUUUACUUUGUUGCAUUUUAAUGGGUGGCUAUAUUAAUUAGGUACUGAAUAUGUACUGUAACAUUUUUUUUACAGAAAUGAAUGUCAUAUUGCAUGCUUCAAAUGUAAUAACAGCAACAGAAUCAAUGCCUAUUUAGUCUGUUUCGAAAAAGUUAUUUUUUCUCUACAAAUUGUAUUGUCAUCAAUGUAAAGCUUCACUUGCGUUUUCACCCGUUGCGCUUAAUCGAUUUACCGUAGUUUUAUACCCUCAUUUUAUUUUCAUACUGAGGUUGAGGGUUGAGGCAUUUUUAAUCAAUAGGUUUUUUACUGUUAUGUAUUUUUUAUAAAACAACAAUAGAUUCUUUUGGGGGGUUUUUCUGUGGCGCAAAAGCAAUCAAUGGCAUGCUAUGAGUGCUUCAAAUACGCUAUUUGUUCAAACUAAACUUAACUUUAGCACUAACUAGCUAUAAACCGUUUGAGCUAGCAACUGCAGGCUAAUGCAUUAACAUAACAAGAAUCCAGAAUCCAACAAGAACCAAUAUAGCUGAACUGAGAAAAUUAGUCUUGAUGUCAGUAGCCAACAACUUUAAACCAGCCUGCACAGAAUCUAUUUUACGAAAUAAAUAGUAAAAUAAUUGCUACCUCAAAUAAUAAUAGGUACUAAGAGGGUUGUACAUCCCUCGAAUUGGUCCGCAAGCAUAUACAAAGUUCCUUUUCGAUACUGAAAGUUUUGCUCACUUCCUUUUUUCUUUUCCUCUUCACCUAAUGGCAUGAUGAGGUCAAUGGAAAAACUAUUAUCACAUGCUUAUUUCUCAUAGCUAAGAUACUCUGUAUGGUACAUAUAAAAGCUGAAGAUGUUGAUCGAAGCUUCACCGUGAUGCUAACGCGUCACAAUUUGGAUUUGAACACUACACAGACUGUUUUUCAGACUCUGACUACUUUAUUGUAUCUGAAUGUGUUUGAAUAAUGUGGGAAGACAAGUUUGUAUAGGAAUGUUUCUUCCUCUGAAUGUAUGGUAACGUUGCUUUUUCGUGUAUUUUUGUUUGUGUGCUUUUUUUACUAAUACAGAAUUUGUGAAGAAA